UGAUUGAGUGUGCCCUAGACGCGUUGCUCUGGUUCAAUAAUAUACGGCUCAGCCAAGGUUAACAAUACCUAUGUGACUAGAACACCGCACUGUUGAGCGAAGGGCGCUCCAGUCGUACGUCCGUCAUUCAGUUAAUCCACUCCCAGUUAUAACCCGCGGAAGGUGAUAAUCCACAGGAUAUAAAUCUCCAGUCGACUCGGGGUUCCUGUCUGACAUAAGCCAGGCUAUUUAAGCCGUGUGUCCACUGUCUGUGGAACGGAACACAUUCUCUGUGGAAAAGCGAGGAUGGCGCGCAUGGGAGGGACGCUUGUGCUUUUCUGCUAUUAUUUGAUCACCGUGGCGUUCAGUGCUCCUGGAUUCGGCAACAGCUCGUGGAAGAUGGAGCGAGACAUCAUCAGCAGGCUGCUUGACACUAGCAGAUACGAUGCCAGCAUUCAACCAUCAUCAAUUACCGGGGUUCCCACAAAAGUUGAAAUAGACCUCGUGCUCAAUUCAGUCGGACCUGUGGACGAUAUUGAUAUGGUGUUUCGUGCUAGCUUUUUUCUCCGUCAACAAUGGGUUGACCCACGUCUUAAAUUCAACGAAUUAAACCACAGCAUCGUCCUGAGCGAGAAGCGACUCUCGCGGAUGUGGGUGCCAGACAUCUUCUUCCCAGAGUCGACAGAGGAGACUCGUCACAUCAUCACGACGCCAAACGUUCUCAUUCGUCUUCAUCCAGAUGGCUCCAUCCUCUACAGCCAGAGGUUGUCAGUGACUAUGCAGUGUCGGAUGGAUCUAAGCAAGUUUCCACUCGAUCGGCAAGAGUGUGGCAUAAAGAUGGAAAGCUACGGUUACACUACUGACGAUGUGUACUUCACGUGGUCAUCUGAACGGAAGUCCACCAGUGUCAUGCCAAACGCCUACAUCCCUGACUUCACCCUCACGAACGUCACGGCACACGACUGCACGGCUAAAUAUGAAACAGGUAGCUUCACGUGUAUUCAGGCGAGACUGGGCUUGAAACGAGAGAUCGGCUUCUACGCUACACAGACCUACAUCCCAAGCAUCCUCAUCGUCGUGUUGUCCUGGGCCUCGUUCUGGAUCGACCACGAGGCAGUUCCCGCCAGAAUCUCCGUGGGGCUCCUAACAGUGCUCACCAUCACCACCCAGAGCUCAGGUGCGCGCGCACAACUUCCCAGGGUUCCUUACGUGAAGGCCAUCGACGUGUGGAUGUCGUCCUGCCUCGUGUUUGUGUUUGCCGCCUACAUGGAGUAUGCUGUCGUCACGGUGCUGUCUCGAAGUUACCGGAAGCGGAAGGCGAGACAAGAACUAAAAAAGAAUUCCAAAUCGACCAUGGCUACAGUUUCUGACGUGGACCUGACCAUCACUGACCAGGCCAAGAAACCCAAGGACAAGGACACUGGUCGCUUCGUGGACAAACUCUCUCGAUUCAUUUUCCCUCUGGCGUUCCUCAUAUUUAACGUUGGCUACUGGAUCUCGUAUAUCCACAUUGCAUAGUGUCGACAACACUGGCGUUCUCAAGGAGCCGUAAAUACGAGGGGCAUGGGUAGAAAGCGCCGCGAAUCGCUGUGCGGCGUUGCGUCCCUUAGGCGUGCCAGAAACCUAUGGUCGUGGGAUCGAAUUCCUUAUUCGUCCUGCUUAUGUUCCUCGGUUUGUUAGCACUAUGCCCGUGCUCGUGGGUUUUACCAAGUGGCAAAUGUCUAGGACCCACCACUCCUGGCGUUUCUCCCACAUAAAAUAGUGUUCAAUGCAAUUAAAACUCGCCCACUCACUCAGUCAUUCAUACGAUACCUCAACAAUAUUGUCAGUUUUAUUGGAUCGAAUCCCGUAUCUGCCAACAUUAUUAUUUUUUUUAUCUGUCAGCACCAUGACCUGGUGAGUUUCGGAUCAGUGGUGUAGCCUUGUGGUUAAAGCGUUCGCUCGUCACGCCGAAGACCCGGGUCCCAUUCCCCACUUGGGUGCAAUGUGUGAAGCUCAUUUCUGGUGUUAUUGCUGGCACAUCGCUAAAUGCGGCGUAAAACCAUACUCACUCACUUGUGGGUUUCACCAAACUGUCAAAAAUAUAAGGAAUAUAUCCCUGUUGGUGUUUCCUUCCUCCCAAGCUGACAUGCUGUGAUGUAACUGAAAUACUGUUCAAAGCGACGUUAAACCAAAUUCACUGUUUGUCAAAAGUCGGUUUACCUUUUUGAAUGCUAUUCUACGUAAAAGCGUAGAAGUGUUCUAAUCUACGUCAAAUUCAACGUUUCAUACCAUAGUUUUUCAAAUUAAGAACAGCAAAAAUGAUGUCAUCGUUGAUAAAAUGUACAACUCGAUGUACAUAUAUAUGUAGACACCUAUAUAUAUUUUUAUUCAGAGAUUACCUUUGCGUAACGGAUACUGAUGAAACCGUUCAUCAUCAUAAUCAUCUCCGUCCACACAAAACACAUUCCUUUCACAGUAAUGCAGAACUCAUGAACGUGUAUAUAUGUUUUGUACAUUGGAUCAGUUUGUGAUUUCUAGAUCUCAGGAUACACGUGUCAGAACAAUAAAAUUUAGCUAUUGUGAAGUACGAGAAGUGUCCAGCUGAGGGAAGAACACAAAGAAGAAAUUGAAACACUUGCUCAAAUUAAUCAGUCUACACAAAGCAACGCCAGACUAAGGGCGUCCUCUGUUUUGUAGAAGAGAUAUGUUUAUUUUUGACAUGUUUGAUUUGUGACCGACCAUCUGAUAUUCUGGGGUGGGGGGAUGGGAAUUUUGCUUGAGACUGUUGAAAAAAACAAAAUUGACUGCUACAUAAAUAACAUUGAUGCAAGGUGGUAUUUUGGAGGCUCAUUUUUAAAUAAAAAAUAUCUGGCUUUGUAGCUGCCAAACUGUCUCAUCGUCUGGGUUAGCAAUUUCCGGAUUUAUCAAAUCGAGUGUAUGGAGUACCUUUGUCGAAGAGACGGCGGACUUUUAGUAUAUAUAUGGGGGGAGUCACAGUUCAUAAUAAAUAUACAAUAUAUUUGGUAA